AACACUCACACAUGCUCACGCUCUGCUCAGCUCUGAAGGAUCAGUAGCUUAUAAACUGGCUGCAGUCAGUCUCUCUAUGUAGAGAGAGGAAGGAAGGAUAAAUUGCUUCGACUGGAUGGAACAGAUCUUAACCAAGCCUUACUGGACUGAGUCACACUGGGCUGGAGGUUUUUAUUGGUGAACCAACGCAGGUUCCCGGUUGACUUAUGCCAAACAGAACUGGGCUUGAAUGGACUGAAUUAGUUCAGUUAAACUCUUGCUGGGCUUAGAUUUGCUGGACAGUGUUGAGUGUGCCUGCAGGCCUGGGGGAGAAAGGGCUGGAAUGGAAUUCCCUGUUUUUACUCAUUUUUUGUGCAUCCCACCCUGCCUCUCUCCUUUUUUCACCCCGUCCUCAUCUUCUCUCUUGCACUUUCACAGCAGACAUCCAGUGUUGCAGAGCAGACAAAGGCAGCAGCCUUCAGUGCUUCUGUUCCUCUGCUGGCUCCUUUAAAGACGGAAGAGGAGGAAGGGAUUUUUAUUGUUUUAUUUCUCCUGCUUUUGCACAGAAGGAGCUGCCAGAGUGAGAAAUUACCUUUUUUUUCGCCUCUUUUCUUUUUUUUCCUUUUUUUUUUUUUUUUUUUUAACAAUUCCCCUCCCAGGGGAUUUUUUUGUGUGUUUUUUUUGGGAUGCAUCUUUUUGUACAGAUUCCUAAACUCGGACUCUGACAAACAAGAAACAUACAUUUACUGCGUGCAUUGCUUCAUCUCUGAUAUAUCUCUGCUGCCUUUACCGUUCAUUUAAUUGGCCGGUGGUGGUGGUUGUGGUACUGAAGCCGGGGCAGGCAUGGCCCAGCAGGCAGGCAUGGGGGUGACCCACCAGGACACCCUGGCAGUGCCACCCAUGCCCAAACACUCUGGCCUGAAUGAAGACCUGGUGAAGAUCCUGCGGGAGAACCUGCUGCAGCCGGAGAGGCCACGAGGACACCGCCGCUCGCCCUCCUCCAUCUCCCCCCGCCUCUCCCCCCGCAACUCGCCACGACUGCUUCGCCGCAUGUUGCUCAACAACAACAUCCACAAACAGAGGCGCUUCACUGUCGCACACACAUGUUUUGAUGUGGACAAUGGCACAUCAUCGGGUCGAAGCCCCCUGGAUCCCAUGGCCAGCCCGGGCUCAGGCCUCAUCCUGCAGGCCAAUUUUGUCCACAGCCAACGGAGAGAGUCGUUCCUGUACCGCUCUGACAGCGACUACGACCUCUCGCCUAAAUCUAUGUCCCGAAACUCCUCCAUUGCCAGUGACAUUCACGGUGACGAUAUGAUUGUAACGCCAUUUGCACAGGUUCUUGCAAGCUUGAGAACUGUACGAAACAACUUUGGUGCAUUAACUAAUCUUCAGCAAGACAGAGCGUCCAAUAAGAGAUCACCCAUGUGUAACCCACCACCUAUCACCAAGACCACCUUCACAGAGGAGGCCUACCAGAAACUGGCCACUGAGACCCUGGAGGAGCUGGACUGGUGCCUGGACCAGCUGGAGACGCUGCAGACAAGACACUCAGUCAGUGAGAUGGCUUCUAACAAGUUCAAGAGGAUGUUGAAUAGGGAGCUGACUCACCUAUCGGAGAUGAGCCGCUCCGGGAACCAGGUGUCUGAGUUCAUCUCCAGCACCUUCCUGGACAAGCAACAUGAAGUGGAGAUGCCAUCCCCUCAGACGCAGAAGGAGAAGGAGAAGAAGAACAAGCCCAUGUCUCAGAUCAGCGGGGUGAAAAAGCUGCAACACUCCUCCAGCCUCACAAACUCCAAUAUCCCUCGAUUCGGAGUCAAGACCGAGACUGAGGAUGAACUCGCUAAGGAAUUGGAGCAUGUGAAUAAAUGGGGCCUUAAUGUUUUUAAAAUCUCAGAGUUCUCUGGGAAUCGGCCACUGACAGUCAUGAUGUACACGAUAUUCCAGGAGAGAGAUUUGUUGAAAACUUUUAAAAUUCCACUUGACACCUUUAUAACAUACCUGAUGACCUUAGAAGACCAUUAUCAUGGCGAUGUGGCCUACCAUAACAACAUCCAUGCUGCUGACGUCACCCAGUCAACUCACGUGCUGCUAUCCACCCCUGCCCUCGAGGCCGUGUUCACGGACCUUGAGAUCCUAGCUGCCAUCUUUGCCAGUGCAAUUCACGACGUGGACCAUCCUGGAGUCUCGAACCAGUUCCUCAUCAACACCAAUUCAGAGCUAGCAUUAAUGUACAAUGACUCGUCAGUGUUGGAGAACCACCAUCUAGCAGUUGGUUUCAAGCUCCUACAAGAGGAGAACUGUGACAUCUUCCAAAACUUGACCAAAAAACAAAGACAAUCACUGCGAAAGAUGGUCAUUGACAUUGUGCUAGCAACAGACAUGUCCAAGCACAUGAAUCUAUUGGCUGAUCUGAAAACAAUGGUAGAGACCAAGAAGGUCACCAGUUCUGGUGUCUUGCUGCUAGACAACUACUCUGACAGGAUACAGGUUCUCCAGAACAUGGUGCACUGUGCAGACCUGAGCAACCCCACCAAGCCCCUGCAGCUCUACCGGCAGUGGACGGAUCGGAUCAUGGAGGAGUUUUUCAGCCAAGGUGACAGAGAAAGGGAGAGGGGCAUGGAGAUCAGCCCCAUGUGUGACAAACACAACGCCUCAGUAGAAAAGAGCCAGGUUGGAUUCAUAGACUAUAUUGUUCACCCUUUGUGGGAGACGUGGGCUGACCUGGUCCAUCCGGACGCCCAGGACAUCCUGGACACGCUGGAAGACAACAGAGAGUGGUACCAAAGCACCAUCCCCCAAAGUCCCUCUCCAGCAUUGGACGAGCCCGAGGACGGCACUCGACCCCCAGGAGGGGACAAGUUUCAGUUUGAGCUGACCCUGGAGGAGGACGGGGAAUCGGACACAGAGAAAGACAGCGGCAGCCAGCCAGAGGAGGAGGAAGAAGAGGAGGAGGAGGAGGAAGAGGAGGAAAACAGCUGUACUGACUCUAAAACGCUCUGCACGCAGGACUCUGAAUCGACAGAGAUUCCUUUGGACGAACAGGUGGGGGAGGACGAAGAGGAGGAGGAGGAGGAGGAGGUUGUAGAAGAGGGGGAGACUCCCUGCUCACAACCGUGUCUAGUGGAGGAAGAGGUAGCAGAGGAGGAGGAAGAAGAGGAGAAAGAGAAAUCCCCUGACACAUAGCAGUUUAUGGACAACAUCUGAUUAACUGUUCUUCUUAGUAAUGACAGAUGAUUAUUUAUAGAAUAUUUUUUGGGUUUUGUGAGAUCUGUCUGUGUUUUUAUACAUCUAUGUUUAUGGUUCCAAAGCGUGUGCUGCUCUCCACCUUGGCCACUCCUCCUGUCAGCUUUGUUCAGACACGCCCACCGGUACUACUUCAAAGUUUUUUUGCACUCAGGAAAACUCCUUUCCAUUCCCAUUUGUACUGAAGCGGUGUGUCUUUAUUUCACUUUUACACCUCCCCCUUUAUGAGCUUAAGUUUAGGAUGUGGACGAGCAGUUCACAGUCUGCUCAGUGCUGUUCAUAGGAUACGUAAGAUCACACUUUUCCUUGUUUCUGCUUCGUCUCAGCCUUGCUUGAAAGUUUUGGCGGUGUUUCUGUGUUUUAUUAAGUGCCCAUACUCUACAGAGGUGGUUAACGGUGUGUUCAAGGAGAAUCUCCUCUCAGUUAGGUCAUAACCUCCCCACUACGAAUUAGGAGGCACGUUAUGUUCCACAGAAGGUUCUGCUGAAAACCCGAUAGGACGCCGCAGAGACGAAAGCUGCAGCACACUGGGGAGCUUUUUGAGACACAUUUCUGGCUUGGAAGUCUUCCUUGAACCUGACUGAUACAAAGCUCAAAUCUAAACAGCCAUGAUGCUGUCGUAGACCUCUUUAAUUUUUGUAUCGUACUGUAUGUAAGAUUCAGAUAUUUUCUAGAACUUACUUUUGCAAACCUAGGCUUUCUUUUGUUAGAAAAGGUGUGAGAACUUUUGGAAAACCAAUGGGGAGAAAUGUGUCACAUAUAUACAGUGUUUCGAAGGGGUAUCUUUACAGCUGGAUUAGGAGUGUUUUGAGCUGUUUGCACUUGCUCCUAUAGCAUUUACGAGUAUACUACUAUUCCCAUGCCACUAUCCUCAUAUUUGGUUAGUCCUGUGAGUUGAAAUUUGGACUUUAUUCCUGUUAACUAUUGUUUUUGUUGAGUGUUUUCAGUGAGAAGGAAGCAGACACCUUCAUGCUUCCCUCUCACUGGAAUCCAUCAUGACAUGGAUGAAGCCUUUCGAUUUUAUUAUUGUUGCCUGCAAUUCUUUUGAACACAUCCUGGGACAAUGCAAUGCUUUGUAGUUGAUACAAAACGCACUUUUUUAGAAGCUUGAUUACUGCUCCAAGUAUACAGAAAUAGUAGUGGUGUUACAAAUUACAACAAUGAUUUUAUACCAAUGUUAUGAAAGCUUUUUGUUUUUUUUGCCCAUUUUGUUUGAAUUUACACAUCGACAACAGCUGCGUACCUGCUGUCCAGGCUGUUGUCUUCAGCCAUUUUAUUUUCUGUUUUAUGAAUUCAUUUUCCAUCAGAAUUGUUCAGUUUGCCAUCACACCAUAAAAUCCAGUUACUGUCUUUGUUUCUGACAAGACAAUCAGCUCCGUUGCAUAGUCAUCAGAUAAGACUAUCCUCUAGGUAGACACUCUAAUGCACUGAUAUAUUCUUAUAUCAUCACUUUAAUACUUUAAAACUCGCCAAAACACUCGCUCAUGCACACAUAGGCUUGAACAUUGUUGCGCUACACCUCGGCCAAGAGUUUCUUCCUUUUUCCAUGUUUCUAUCAUUUCUCACUUUAAACCUGAUGCUAUUAUUCAUUGGUAUAUUUUUCUAUUUAAGUCUUUUUUUGCAGUAUAAAGGUGGUACAGUAAAUAUUUCACUGUAGCAUAGACCACAGAUACAGGCUUGCCAGUUACCUAAAUAUACUUUCUCCCUCUUGUGUACAUAAAAUAUUCAAGAAAAAUCCACAACUGUAAAAAAAAAAAAAAAUCCCCACUUGAAGUACUGCACACUGCUUUUCUAAAGAGUGCUUGUUUUAAUUAUUUGUCAUUUUAAAACUUUUUAUUUAGUCUUUCAUUUUGUGCCAAGAUUUUAUUUUAUUUUUUUCAUCCUCACCCAAUGCCCUUACCUGUAAUAAAUUUUUCUGGUUUUAUCGCUGUUUACAAACAUAUAUUUAUUGUGCUGUAUAUAAUAUAUAAUUAAUAAUGUUAUUACUAUCAUAAUGCAGUUUGCUGUAAAUGGUUGAUUCUUAUCAUCCCUUUUGGUGAUGGCGUGGCUGUAUUAUGUACCUCUUGUUGAGAGAAUGUUUAUUACACUUGAGCUUCGGUGUAAAAAUGAUCCAUCGACAUGUCGCUUAUCUGAGAACUAGCUCACUGAAGAGAGGGGGAAAGCCAAAUUGUUUUUUAAAAAGAAACUGUUCCUUGGCCCAUGGGCUGUGCCUUAAAUUCAACACAUCAUUUACUUUAGCCUUUUUUAAAAUUCUCUAGUUCUCUUUUGCUGCAUUGGUGAAUCUUUUGACUUGGGUUGGCCUGAUCUCUUGUUGAGAAUCCAAAAAAAAAAAAAAAGUUGCCUUUAAACUUUCACAGCCAGACACAAAUUUGCUGUAUCACAAAUAUGGCACAGGGUAGAAAACUUGUUUUCAGUGCAGAGGUUUGUAGAGAUUUAGGUCAACCACAAGUUACAGAUUUACUGCACGAGUGAUGUGUGGCCUAUAGCCGGAUGUCCAAGAGUCGUAUUUGCUGUAGACCUGGUCUGAACAACUCGCACUUUCUUUACGCUCUGCCACUACACUCAAAGAUGUGAGUCAGCUGGUCAGAUGCAAAGGAUACGGAGUAACUUUGCCUUUCUUGAGGCCAUGUGUAGUUACUGUUGUGUCGUCUGCAUCCGUCUGGUUGUAUCGCAGCUACAAACACUGAAUGGGGCGCAACAGGAGUGUGUAGUUGGUGCUCGACUAUGGCCCUACGAAGCACAGAGGCUUUGAGACACAUCUGCAUGUUCAGCCACUGCUGCAUUAAUUAUGGCUGAAACACUGACAGUGUGUUGCUUAUCUAUGCUCGGCCCACAUUUCCACUCACAUUACUUGCAAUAUUCAAAACCACUGACAUCUUUCUGCCUGGACAGGAGAAGGGUUUAGUAUAGCUCUGUAGUGAAGGGCGGGUUGGGGAGGGUGGGAUGCGGGCUUUGGGAUGACUGCAUCAUUGUCCUGAAACAGGAACUCUUGUUUUGACACACAUACUGUAGAUUCUAAACAGCCCUGGACCAAUGGAAAUAGUGGGUUCUUUUCUCAUUAUGUGUUCUAUUUUUUUAUGGUAUGAAAGGAAAACACAAACUGUAAUUUAAACAAAAAAAUAGGUCUUGAGGACAAUUAUUUUUUGGGUUAUGUCUUUAGAAUGCCAACUUGUCUGGACGUUUCACAGGACAAUUAAAAUGUUAUUUUAAUGGAUUCCUUGUUAAUUGCAGUCUAUUGGAUAGCACUGUAGAUCAUACAACUUUAUGUAAAAAACAAAUAAAAAGAAUGAAAAAAGUUUUUAUAUGCAAUGGAUUAAAUAAAAGCAUGGGUUGAUUCUGCCUA